CCUCCACUUCCCGUCUAAAAAGUUUAACUGAUAGAAACAAGUUGUGUAAAUAAAAUUGUUUAAUGUUUCAUUUACCACAUUUCGCAUUAAAAUGAAGUUUUACUAACUAAUUUAAAGUUAUUGAUGCGUUUAAAUAUCUUUUUCAGUGGGUUAAGUGCUCAAAAACUUAUCGUGAAAAGUGUUGAUUUAAAAUGUCGGGGGCAAGCACAAGUUCUUCUGUUUCUAGUCACAACACUCCAAAUAUUGCUUCUAUAAACGACGUUAGUGCUUUAUUCCAAACUGCAAAGAAGUAUGAAGAGCUCAACGUCAUCGGAACAGUUUACAAGCUUUAUACUCCUUGCAACUACGCUCAUGUGGUAACGCUCUGGUACAGACCACCCGAGGUGCUUCUCGGCGUGUCGUACAACACAGCUGUUGAUGUGUGGUCAUGUGGGUGUGUAAUGGCUGAAUUGCACACACGGUCUCCCCUCAUGCCUGGUUCUUCGGAUUCCGACCAGCUGCAUUGCAUAUUCAGACUGAUCGGGCGUCCGCCGCGUCAGGAAUGGCCUUCCAGCGUGUGUGUCCUGCCAGACAGCUUCCCCGACUACCCGCCCCAGGACCUGGCCGAUCUGUUACCCAGGAUACAUCAUCAUGCGCUUGAUCUCAUUAAGCGCAUGCUGGUGUUCGAUCCUGCAAAAAGACUGACUGCCUUAGAUUGCCUCGACCAUCCCUAUUUCACAGAAGAACCACUUACGUAGACCUCCAUGUACAAACCAACCAUAAAGGGUGAAAUGAAAUAAUUAUUUCUAAUAACCCAAAACCUCUAAACAACGCAUUCCUGUUGGUAAAUAUUUUUUAUAUGAUUUUUUAAUUUAUAAAAAAACAAAUAACCUCGCAGGACUAUA